AUGCGACAAAAAGGUAUCUUGCUCGAGUACACAAGUGCUUAUAGUCCAUCUCAAAAUGGAAAAAGCGAGCGUAUGAAUCAAACAUUACAGAAUAAGAAAAUGGAGAAGACGUUGAGGAAAGACGUGCGAGAGAAACGCCUCCAGGUGGAGGUGAUGAAAAAUAAAGGAAUCAAAGUUGCUCUAUACCGGGUGUCCAUAAAAACCCUCCCAGCUAUAAAGGCAGCCAUCGCCCCAGCCUCUAGUCCUGCCGGAGGACAUGCCCCGCCGCGAAGUCUUAGAAGACUUCCAAGUUGUGCACGUCACCCGCCGCCCGAUAGUCGCAUAAAAGAGGCGCCCUUCCUUGCAUUACCAGAACCUGCCAGUAGGGGUCGCUUAGAACUGUUUCUGUGCGGAGUGCCGAAAUUAAGCACUCCAGUCCGCCGACCGCCGGAGCUUAGUCAUAGAUUCCAUCAUGAUAGCGAUGGCUGUUCUUCCGUCCUGACUUACCCUCAUAGCCCCUCACCGCAGCAGCAGAAGAGCCUGCACCUACAGUGCCAACAGCAGAUCAACGGGAAGUUUUUUACUGCCAAGACCACUAUGAAAAAAACGACUCCGGCCGAGAUGAAAAGAUUUUUCGGCUUGCUAAUGUACAUGGGACUGGUGAAGAUGCCAUCAAUACCAUGCUACUGGGCUAGAGAUGAUCUUUACAAGAAUAACAUCGCUCCCUCUGCCAUGUCCAGGAAUCGGUUUGAGCUACUCCUCUCGAUGGUGCAUUUUGCUGAUAACCGCGACAAUCCGACGGGAAGCCGCCUCCAUAAAAUUCAGCCUCUAGUUGAUAAGCUUGCAAACAAUUUCAUAUAUCUCUAUACACCCAGAGAACUUUCCUGUAUUGAUGAGACCCUAGUUCCAUUUCGCGGUCGGCUGCUAUGGACCACUAGACUCGGUACGAAUUUGAGCUAUCCCAAGAAUAAAAGGCAUAACCAACUGCAAAUUUAUGGGGGCAAGAACGGCGACGUUCGCACCACACCUGCCUCCGUAGUUAUGUCCUUGGCAGAGCCUAUUCUUGAUUCAGGGAGAACCCUUUGUAUCGAUGACUGGUACACGAGCAUGGACCUCGCACUGAAAUUGAUUGCCAGAAAAACUCAUGUGGUCGGUACAUCGGGCAAAAAUCGCAGCGAAGUUCCAAAGGACGUCACAAAAAAAACAAACAUGAAGCGUGGGGACGUCGCAGCAAAAGAAAGUAAAGAAGGCAUCACCGUUUUGAAUUGGAAGGAUACGAGAAACGUUCUCAUGUUGAGUUCAAAACACACUGAUGAAAUGGUUACAAUCCAAAAUAAGAAAGGUGAAGACGUCAAAAAACCAGCAGCGGUAAUCGAGUACAAUAGCGGAAAAGGUGCAGUCGAUUUAUCUGAUCAAAUGGCCGCAUAUUCAUCCCCUCUCCGGAAAUCGGUGAAGUGGUAUCGAAAGUUGGGGAUUGAGCUGUUGUUGUCUACUUCGGUAGUAAAUGCGUACGUGUUAUUCCACGAAAUCGUAGGGAGAAACGUGAAAAUUCAGCAAUUCCGAGAAAACAUUGCGAAAGCUCUUUUGGACAGCAAGGAUCAGGAGGAGGAAGCUGCUGCGGCACCCGCUGACGAAGUUAUCAACCGCCCUAGAAGAGUAAGACAUGAGCUCAAGCGACGUGGAGUGGGAGAUAAGUCAAGGAAAUAUUGUAAACGAUGCUAUGAAACAGCUGCCAGGCAGAAUAAGAAAGCGAGAAACGCUAAAAAAGUGCAUACAUAUUGUGGUGACUGCGCUGGAGAGCCAGCUUAUUGCCUCCCUUGCUUCAAUACCGUGCACCGCAAUUUGGGUGCAUGAAAAUAAACUGAGAUUUGGCAACAUGUGCAAUUUUUCUUUUUAAAAUAACAGGAAUUAUAUUUCAAAACUUGCACUUACAAUGUUCUUAUAUACUUACAAUUUAAA